AUGUUUGGGUGGUUCGUCCAUGCUCCUCCUCUACUAGUUACCUUCCGACAGGUACCAUCCCUAUACUUACAACUUCUCUCCCCUCUCAAACUUCUCGCCCGCAUCCUUGACCUCUUAUUCUCCUCUAUCCGAUCCCUCAAUGCAAUACGCAACAACAACAAGAAGAACAACAACAUAGAAAACCAAAACCAAAAGAAGAAGAAAAAGAAAAACCUCACCAUCAUCGCCAUAUCCGACACUCACACCCUCAUCCCUCCCUCACCACUCCCUUUCGGCGACAUUCUCAUCCACGCAGGAGACUUGAGCAACGCAGGAACCCCCAAAGAAAUCCAAUCGCAAAUCAAUUGGUUACACGCACAACCUCACACCUACAAAAUCGUCAUUGCGGGAAAUCACGAUAGUCAUUUAGAUCCGCGCAGUCGAGGGACAUUGGCACUUGCAGAUCGGAAUGAGGAUGUGAAUUGGCGAAGUGUGAUUUAUUUGCAAGACAGUUUUGUGAUUUUGAAAUUUCCUUGUGGUGGUGAUUCUUCGACCACUUCUUCUUCUUCAACCACUACAGAAAAGCAAGAAGAACAACAACAAAAAGAUACAACAACAACAACCAUCAAAAUCUACGGCUCACCUUUCAUUCCCCACGUCGGAGGUCCCGCGCACGCUUUCCAACACCCACGCAGUCAAGACCACUGGACAGGAAAAGUCCCCGGGGACACGGAAAUUCUCAUUUCGCAUUGUCCUCCCAAAUGUCAUUUGGAUCUCCCCGGAGUCGAAGCCAUGGGUGAUGAAUUUCUCUUGCAUGAAGUGCGACGGACGAAACCCCUCGUGCACAUUUUUGGCCACAUCCAUGCGGGACGGUCGGAUGUGUUUGGCAAAGUGCGGGGUGGGAAAGAAGUGGUGCGAUGGGAUCGGGCCGAGAGACAUUUGGUGGAAGUGUUGAGGCGGGAGUCUGCGGUGACGUGGAAGGGAUGUGUGCUGAGUAUGGCGAAUUUGGUGCUGUGGUAUCAUUUUGUGGCAUUUGUGUACUAUAGUGUGAAAGAAGGGCUGUGCGAGUGGCUGAUGGGGCACGAAGAACCUCCUAAGACGACCAUGGUCAAUGCGGCGAUGAUGUAUGAGGACGAGGGAAGGCUGGGAAAUGCGCCGCAGGUCAUACACAUCUGA